AUGGAAUUUCAAGUAAAAGAAGUUAUUCUAGCACCUGAUAGACGAGGACGUAAGAAAAUAUCCGAUAAAUCUACUUGGAAGAGAGAAAUUGAAAAAUCAAAACGAUUUUUCCUGAGAAAGGAUAAGAAUAAUAAAAUUGGAAUCAAAGAGGAACCUAAUUAUGUAUCUGAAGUGGUCAACUAUGGGAAUGUUUGUAAAAGAGGAAAGUCUUAUGAAAAUAUUAAACCUACGUUGAUGAAUAUUGGAGUUCCUGUAAAAACAGAAAAAUUAAAUGACGUCAGAAAACUAUUGAUUAAACAUUUCGAAGAAGACUGGAUUACUAUUGAAAAUCUUCAAUAUUAUAAGUUUUUACAAGAAGAAGAAAAUGAAAGUAAUUUAAUAGAAACUGACUCUGAAGAAACUCUAAUGGAAGAUGAAAUAGAUAUAAGAGUGUUAUUAAAAUUAUUAAUAACUUAG